AUGAUGAUUGUUCCUGAUAGUCCAUCAGAGCGCAUGAUGAGCCUUCUAACCACCAGAAAGCUAGCCUUGAAGAACAAGGUUGUUUUUGGCACAGGAGAUUACUGGCAUGCUCCAACUUUAACUGCAAACAUGGCUUUUGUAAGAGCUAUUUUACAGACAGGAAUGUCUCUGUUUACCAUAGAACAUAGACCUCGGGCCCUAACAGGUGACUAG